UUUAUUUCAUCAGAGGCGACGAAGACUUGGACACACUGAGGGGAAAUCCUAAAUUCAGAAUCAAGCUUAUCGUUCUAAUUUCGUGUAGAUUUCAGUUUUCCGGCGAUCGUCGGUUGAUUCGAUAUCUGUUCCGGCGAUUUAUGUUCGUCAUUUCUAGCAAUGUCGGUUAAAACUGUUAAAGUCAGCAAUGUCUCCUUGGGAGCGUCUGAACGAGAUCUCAAGGAGUUUUUUUCCUUCUCGGGUGACAUUGCAUAUGUUGAAAUGCAGAGUGAAAGUGAACGGUCUCAAAUCGCUUACGUAACCUUUAAGGAUGCACAAGGAGCAGAGACUGCCACUCUUUUGUCUGGAGCGACAAUAGUGGAUCUUUCUGUCAACAUCACUCCAUGUCCUGAUUAUGUGCUCCCUCCUGAAGCUACCGCACCACCCCCUGCCCCUGGAACUAAUGCACCUGGAACGGCUGAAUCCGCCUAUCAGAAAGCAGAGGAUGUGGUUAGCAGUAUGCUUGCCAAGGGAUUUAUCUUGGGCAAAGACGCACUCAACUCUGCAAAGGCAUUUGAUGAGAAACACCAGUUAUCUUCCACAGCUUCAGCCAAAGUAGCUACAUUGGAUAAAAAAAUUGGGUUCACUGAGAAAAUUAGCGCUGGAACGGUGUUGGUGGGCGACAAAGUUCGAGAAGUAGACCAGAAGUUUCAGGUUUCAGAGAAGACUAAAUCAGCAUUUGCAGUUGCAGAAGAGAAAGUUAGCAAUGCUGGAGCUGCCAUUAUGAGUAACCGAUAUGUAAAGAGUGGGACUAGCUGGGUUGCUGAUACUUUCAAUAAGGUAGCCAAGGCAGCUGGAGAAGUUGGUCAGAAAACAAAAGAGAAAAUCGCGGUGUCGGAAGAAGAUCAGAAAAAGAAGACGGUCGAAACUUUGCAUCUCCCGGAAUCCCCUAAAGCAGCACCUGUGCCCCCUGAGCCUCAACAACGUCCCAAGCCCGAACCCGCUCAAGGUCUGAUCCUCUGAAUUGUUGUCAUGUUUGUUGAUAUCUAUGCCUGAAAGUUCUUGUAGCUGUAAUGUGUAUUUCCCCUUCAAAUCUGGCAUGGCUAUAUAUAUAUAUAUUAGGAUGAAAAUAUAGAGUAGAUUUCUUCCUGAAUUAGUGCUCGGACUCUUCAUUGCAUAAGAUAUCUUCAUCUGCAAGAAUUUUAAAACAGCAGAUUUUUCAUUAUUGUCAACAAAGUCUCUCCUCUUUCUACAA